CUCAAAACCCGUCUCAUCUCCCCCAUCUUCUCAACCCUCACUCCCGACCCCUCCUACCGCCUCCAAACCACCCUCGCCGACUUCCUCCCACACGACUCGAAUCCUCCACCUCUAACCCUACCUCAUCCCCAAAAACCUUGGGACCUCCCACCCGCUCAUCACCUCUUAUACUUCGAACCCACGAAACGUUCUUCAGAAAUGUUACCCGAUGGCACGAAUCCUGAUCAUUUCCCUGGAGAACCUUUUGUCAAGAGGAUGUGGGCUGGUGGGAAAGUUUUAUACGAUAAUGCGAAACCGUUGAGAUUGGAUGGUGGGGUGGGAGUUUGUGGGGAGUUUGUGAGAGAUGUUAAGAUGAAAGGGAAAGAAGAAGAAGAGGGGAAGCAGAAGGUUUUUGUGGAAAUCGAGAGGAGGAUCGCGAGGGCUAGUCCUGAGGAAAUUCUCGGGGUCCGACAGAGGUUGUGGAGGGAUGGGGAGGAGGAAUUUGGACCGUGCAAGAUUUUGGAGAGGAGGGUGAUUGUUUUUAUGCGAAACAAGAAGACGAAUACGAGGACAAAAGAAGGAGAGGGAGGGAAGGUUUUGAAAUCUGAAUACUCCUCCUCCCCAGAUUUCACACACACCCUCAUCCCAACCCCCUCCCUCCUCUUCCGCUUCAGCGCUCUAACCUUCAACUCCCACGCCAUCCAUCUCGACCCUUCGUAUACAAAAAACAUCGAAGGACACCCAAAACUUCUGGUUCAGGGGCCUUUAUCUUUGACGUUUCUGAUAACGUUGUUAUCCCGACAUUUGGCGAAAGAGGGGGGCAAUCAAGUAAUGCAGAGUAUUGAGUAUAGGAAUCUUGCGGCGUUGUAUUGUGGGGAGGAAGUUAGGUUUUGUGGGAAGGAAAUUGGGGAGAAGAAGUGGGAGGUUUGGGCGGAGGAUGAGCAAGGUGGGGUUGCGGUUAGGGGGAGGGUUAGGACU